AAGAUUAAGUGAACAUGAGUUGAUGUCAGCUUGACCCAACCUUAACGAUGAUGUAAGAUAAUGCGAAGAAGGAACACGCCAACGCCUGUCGUGCUUAAUAUGAGUCUGACAGCGUAGGACCCGCUCCACCAGCAUUUUUAUUGAUACGACGGGACUCGCAGAACUCACUCGUCGAGCUGUCGCUGCAGACGGCGCCGCGCGAUGGCGCACCGGGGCUGCAGCUUUUUCGACGCCCAAAAAACACUCCCAGCGACUACUAGAGCGGGUAAAUGCGACGGACUACACGGACUGCAACUACUGAUGCCGCCGAGAGUUUUUCUGCUGCUGGUGGCUGCCAGCAAUCUGUUUUCCGCCGCCAGUGCGUCAUUCCUGCAAGAAAAUGCUGACAGCCUGCACAGUGAAACAGCAGCUGCCGAACUGAAGCGACGUGCUCGUGCAAAUGAACAACAGGAAGGUGGCAUAACGAUCAAGGACGCGUCAACGCUGAGCGUGAAGAAGCGCAAUCAUAACAAGGUGGAGAGAGUAAACGCCAGCACGCUGAGGCAGAAGAAAAUACUACCGGGAUGUAUAGAAGAAGUUGAGUAGUUGUUGUAGUUCAACCAUUUUUUUCGAGCGAUGAUUCCCACAUUUGAUCCUGAAGUGAUGUAUCUUGGUUGUGGUCUGCUCGUGCUGCUUGUCUUCCAUGGUUUGAAAUUUCACCCUUUCGAACCAACCCAACAGCGCUACUCCGAACCGGUUUCUGUAUCGCGUCAAAAACGAUGUGAGGACUCAUGUUGGCAAGUCGAAGGAUAAAAGUUUAUCAUUAGCCGACGCUUUUGUGAAGCUCAAGCUUUUGCCUUGUGGUUGUGCAGCUGCAACGACGAGAACGAGAGUCGUAGUCUUGCCAACACUAAGCACUUCUCAGGUUGCUCUACAAAAUUCGAUAAUUUGACUUGAUGCACAUGACUUCGCAUUAUUUUAACUGCAUACCACCUACGGAAAGAUCCCUGGCAGAUAAUGAAUUGACGAAAGCAGCGUCCGAUUUGGGGAGCAAAUACGGUACCUUGUUUCGACCUUCACUUUCGUGAUAUCGAUAGAGGUUUUCGCGCAGUAUUGCCAGGAGAGUCAAGAGUCUUAAGGAGCUCGCGCUCGUGAAUAUACAAAGAUAUGCGAUCAAAAAAUUGAUGAAAAAACAACAACACGAAGCGCAACAUGAAGAAUUCAAGGUACGAUCGACACCAGCUACACAGAGCGCACCUUCCAGCUGUGCCCUAUGCCACGCAAGUGAUCGUACAGGAUAGUGCCUGUGGUUACCAUCCCCGCUCGAUUGAGCUACUACUUGCAAAAAUGUUCCUACAGACAACAUCCAUAUAGCGGGUUCUGAUUGGAAGGUUGUAUGGAACAACAGGCCUAUUUUCUUCCCAUACACUUUGCGGAAGAUUUGGAUAUACAGGUCAACCUGGGUGACGGACUAGCGAAAAUCCCCCUUUUCCUCAAGUGCGCCGACCUUUGCAGAAGCCACCCGGCUUGUGGAGGCUGGCUCUGGCAGCUAUGUACUGCAAUUUGUGCGAAAGUCAAAGUAGCGCAGUAGCAGUAGCACACGGAUCCUGUUUAAACGGCAUGAGCAUGCACAUCAUUGGUACACUCAGAAAGUGUGACGCUGAACAUGUAAAUGACAAUGUCAUCUUCAGCAUCAAUAUGCAUAUGGUUAUGGUGGAUGAAUAAAGACCAACAUCAUGUAGAACGUUCACGGUUCGCAAGAAGAUCGGAAUCAUGACAGCGAGCCAGUAGCUACAAGUAGGUACGUUCGUAACUGUGAUGUAGUGUGACAAGGAGAACGAGAAGAAAAAUUAAUCUGCAGUUGCUUGCAAUUGUGCACUUUUGCGCACCAUAGCAGCAGGGCGAGAAUGACAGCUUUUCCUGCACACUGAAGAAGUCCUUCCAAACCGCGCGACCGAUGUGGGUCAGCUGUACACCCCAUGCUGGCACGACUAUCCAAUGCAAAUAGUCUGUCUGAGUCCGGAUGGAACAAAAUCAAAAGAGCACUGUGUAGUUUGUCAGCAGGGUCAUCCUAUGCAUGAUCAAGCAGAGGAUGAGGAAGGGCCUGGAUUUGGCUUCGGGAGCUAAAAGACUUCCCUCAGAGUCAGAGGCCUAUGGUGCAUGAAAGGUUUUUGGGGUAGUUGACAGACAUUAACAAAUGGCAACUUUUAUUCGUCAUCAUACAAACUACAUAGAAUCCAACAUCAACAUGUUUGUUAGACCAAAUGAAAUCUUCUAGCAUCGCCAUCGGCUUUGGCGCGCAGCAGUAAAUAUGACAAGGUAGUACUGGCUCAGACCCGGUUGAUGUUUGCGAUGGAUAGCAGCCACCUACGUGCGAAAUGUCGAAUACGAGCCCGAAGUCGAUACGAAGCUUUGGAGAAGGACUACUGAUGUUAUCCCGUUGAAAAUGGCUCACAGAUGUAUGACCAACAACAUAUCCACAGGGAGGACCUUGAAGAUGGUUUGUUUCUUUGCGUUUCAACUAACAAGAAAACACGAUACAGACAGAUUCAGAUCAUCGGGUUUUACGUAAAUGCAGAAUGUCUAAACGUAAACCUAAACCCACAACCACAUGUGCAUGUCCUCGUGGUUGAAUACGGCUACCUAGGGGCGUAUGUCAUCAAGCGAUGAUAUCCUGAGUAAAAACGUCCCCACCCAAGAGUUGUCAUGCAGAUUUGCGAUUGCAGGAACAUUUGUAAUGCGCAUCUCCAUGAGAGGCAUUUCCAAUCGUGUUUUGGAAUCUGUAAUGCUGUAAACAGGAUGAGAUAGUGGCUUCCUCAUGCGGCUUUCCUUGCUAAGCAGCCCUACGCUGCAGAUGGAAACUUGUCAUGCACAACUCCCAAACCUUGGAGAUUUGUGUUGCAGAUUUUCCAAUUUGACUAUGGGGUGGGGACGUUUUUACCCAGGAUAGAUGAGCUGUUUAUUUUCAUCACGUGGAUGCUCGAAGAUGUGAUCAAGUAUGUGCCUGCGCCAUACAUUGCCAAUGGCGUGGCGUCGCGAUCUGCUGAGAUCACGACGCUGGCGACAGUUUUGCGCGGGGCUUGCAGGCACUUAACAAAAGCGCCCCGGAGCGCCUUGGCUCUGUCUGUGCUCUUUCCCUUUGCUUCGUCGCCCUCGAUAAAAGUGCCGCCCGCGCGGCGCCGCUCCGGCGGCCACGCCCCUCCACCCCGCCCGCGCGUCAGUUGGCUCAGCGAGAAGCGUGCGCGCCGCGCCUUGCUCUUGAAUUCGCCUCCUCGCCCUCGCGCGCCAGGCGCCCGCGCCGCGCUGCAGCCUUGUACACCGAAGCCCGCAGGGGGCCCAAUGGGGCAAAUUGCCCCAGGCGUCGCGAUCUGAAGGGAUCACGACGCCCACGGCGGUUUUGCGCGGGGCGGGCACUUAACAAAAGCGCCACGGGACGCUUUGGCUCUGCGCUCUUGCACCGGCGGAGCUUUUGUUUCCCAUGGUGCGAAAGCUCUUUGUCUCUCGAGCAAUACCAACAGCACUCGCGCGCGGGGUUGAUAUAGCGUUUAAGCAUUCGAGUGUUUAAAUUGGCGGCAGCGCAGAUUUGAAAUCUGCGUGAGCAGAUUCGAAUCUGCUCACUCUGAGCAAAUUCAAAUUUGCUCACGCAGCUUCACAGACAAACAAUCAGCUUAGCCAUUCGAGUGCUUAAUUGCUUAAAAAUAGAGAGAGAGCUUUUCUGAGAGAGCCGAUCAUCGUUCCCCGAGAGAGCUUUUCUGAGAGCUGUUCUGCUUGCUUUUUUCUUCCUCCUUUGCAUCUGUUUUCUUUCCUUCAAGCACGUUGUUAUCGUGGUUUUGUGGUCGGUGAACCGGUACCCCUGUCCGCCAUAAAAAUCUAUGACACGCAUAACAAGCGAGCACUCCCGCACACUUUCUCUUUCCUCUGCUUCAUAGGGCAGUGAGAUUGUGUUCGGUGAGACGGCAGGGGCUGAAGUGCUUUCUUUCCUCUCUCGGUCCCCGAGUGAUUUCGGUGUGAUUUUGUUAUGCCCGAGCGAAUCCGAGCUGCCAAAUAUUCCUGUCUCUGUUCUCAUGCGCGCCUUUUGUAUGAAAGUUCAAAAUGAAAAUUGCUUAAAAAUAAACAGUCACUUUAAGCAUUCGAAUGGCUAACUGACUGGUUAUUUUUGAAGCUGCGCGAGCAAAUUUGAAUUUGCUCUGAGCAAAUUUCAAAUUUGUUCACGCAGAUUUCAAAUCUGCUCGUUUCCGCCAAUUUAAGCAUUCGAAUGCUUAAACCUUGUGAGCGCGAUUUCUUAGAUGAGGCACUCGAAUGCUUAAACCUUAUGAACGCGAGUUCUUAGAUUAGGCAUUCGAAUGCUUAAACACAGAAUCUGCUGCGCGAUUAAAAGUUUCACAGAGGUUGCGGGCCUUACCCAAGUAACAUGUGCAUGCCCUCGUGGUUGUAUGUCAUCAAGCGAGGAGCUGUUUUCAUCACGUGGAUGCUCGAAGAUGUGAUCAUGGGCUUGUCUACUAAGUGGAAAUUUCCCGGAAGCCGGAAAAUUGAAAAACGUCCUGCCCUUUUGAAGACGGCGCUGCGAGUACGACGUCGAGACAAGGUGGCUGCUCGGCGGGUUGCUGCGCGGAUGUUCCUGCUUCUGCUCAAAGAAACCAGUCCAAUUGAUCCAUUCAAAAAUCCUCACUCACAGGUACUCACUAUACGAAAAUAUCAAAGCAUAAGCACUCUACAGGUCGAAAUCCUUACCCUGUCACGCCGAUCCGCCGCCAGCAGGAGAUAA